AUGGCAGAACCAACCACAGAAAAAAGCAACGAACCGCAUUUCACGGGCGAUCCAAAGGAUGCUCCUAUUCCUCCUCCUUAUUUAACCAAACUCAGUCGUCCCCCUUCACCCGGACACCUUAUGGAGAUUCGUGGAGUCGUCAACAACAAUGCUAAAAAGGUAAACAUGUGGAGGGAGCUGUCCAAACAGAUCUACCGUUCCUCAAAGGGCAACCAUUCCAACUUGGCCUUCGGUCAAAAAUUCAUCAUUCAUGGAACCCCUAGGGGCGAGAUCUUCAGUAUCGAUCUCAUCGGCCCUUCCAAUAGUGUUCCGUUCUCAUUCACGCCCUCUUUCAGAAAGAACCAGAUAGUGCGUAAUGCAAGCAAGCAGGGCGAGUGGGGGGUAGAAGAAACCGAAGGGAAGUUUCCCUUUGAAAGGGAUCAAGAUUUCGUUCUGAUAAUUCAGUACGAUAUGUCUGAUAUCAAGUACUUCGUGAACCGUAAGCAAGUUGGAUCGUUUGUUCAUCGGUUUGAUGAUCCCGAAAGGGCCUGCACAGGAAUGCGAAUCCUCGGACCUGUCGAAGUGUACAGCGUAGAAUUGGCUCAUGUUGCGGAUUCUCGCAUUCCUGUUCCGCUUACGGUUAGGCUAGGCCAGAGGCUUAGGGCCGGAGAAACUAUUUGCAUCCGUGGGGCCGUCAAGAGUGAAGCUAGUGGGUUUGACGUCAAUUUCCUCCGGGGCGAAAGGGAAGAAGGUCAAAUGCAGACAGUGCUGCAAGUGGAUUUCCGUUUCGAUGAGAACGCAAUCAUCAUGAAUAGCUUCACAGAUGGCGCAUGGGGAGAAGCAGAACGAGUGUCGAUGCCGUUGCAAAAAGGGGAUUCAUUCGAUGUCAGAAUCGGUGUCACUGUCGCUAGCAUGGAGAUUUCCUGUAACGGGAAUUUGAUUCAAGAAUACAAACAUCGUGUUCCAUACGAUGAAAUCACCUAUAUCCAAAUUAAUGGAGACUGUACCCUUACGAAUGUCUUUGGGACGGGACGAAGGUACUUCUCGGUCCCAUGGUUGACGGGAUUCCCAGACGGUAAUCUGAAAACGGGCCAGAGUGUACAGGUGCAUGGCGUAUCCAAAGGUAAUAGCUGGAACCUUGAUCUGCUCGACACUAAUGAUGACAUUCUGUUCCGUUUUAGUCCUCGGUUCGAUAAUAAACAGAUAGUGCGUAAUUCGUCCAAGGCUGGACAGUGGGCUAACGAGGAAAGCAGCGGACCGUUUCCUUUUGAAAUGGAUCAGCCAUUUGAUCUUAUUAUUGAGAACGACCCGUCUUCACUGAAGGUGGGACACUAUCGAAGCAAAAAGUUACUCCUAUUUUAUUUUUGA